ACUGAAUUUUUGGGACAUGUCGUGGGAGCGGACGGCAUAAAAAUCGACCCGAAAAAAAUCACAACGAUUCGCGACUGGAAGCCGCCGACGAAUUUACAGGAGCUGCAGAGUUUUCUCGGGUUCGUUAAUUAUGUCCGGAGGUUUAUCCCCAAUAUGGCAGGGAUAACCGGACCGUUAACUGACCUGCUGCGGAAGGGCACUUUGUUUGAAUGGGGGGAGAGACAGCAGACUGCUUUCGAUGAACUGCGAAAUUUUCUGACGUCGCCCCCGGUCCUCCGAAUCGCCGACCCAUCUCGACCAUUCGAAGUCUUGACGGACGCUAGCGAUUUCGCCAUCGGUGCGAUACUGUUACAAGAUUUCGGCGACGGACUCCAACCCAUCGCGUAUGAGUCUAGGAAGUUGCAGGCAGCCGAGCGCAACUACCCGUCCACGACAAAGAAAUGCUCGCCAUCGUGCACGCAUUCAAGCGACGUGGCAACAUGUGACGAUGGACUUCGUCACGGGGCUCCCGGCCGCCGCCACGGGCAACGACGCCGUCCUGUCGUCGUCGAUCGUCUGACGAAGAUGGCACACUUCGCACCCUGUCGCACAACAAUCACAGCCGAAGAUACAGCGAAGCUUUUCAUCUCCACCGUUGUUCGUCUGCACGGCCUACCCUCAGCGAUCAUCAGCGACCGCGACCCAAAAUUCACGUCCAAGUUCUGGCAGGAGACAUGGGGGCAGUACGGCACACGCCUCCAGUUUUCCUCUGCCUACCAUCCUCAAACCGACGGACAGACAGAGCGAACCAAUCAAACUAUGGAGCAGCUGAUACGCACCAACUGCGGAUCCUGCCCGCGUCGGAUCUGUCCUAGAAAACGGGCCUUGUUACUAGAGAGAGAGAGAGAGAGAGAGAGAGAGAGAGGAGAGAGAGAGAGAGAGAGAGAGAGAGAGAGAGAGAGAGAGAGAGAGAGAGAGAGACAUAGAGAGAGAGAGAAAGAGAGAGAGAGAGAGAGAGAGAGACAUAGAGAGAGAGAGAAAGAGAGAGAGAGAGAGAGAGAGAGAGAGAGAGAGAGAGAGAGAGAGAGAGAGAGAGAGAGAGAGGAGAGAGAGAAACCGUGUUCGACGGAAGCCCAGUUUGCAGGACAGAUGCGACUCAACAGGAGCUG